AUGCAGACUGCUUCUACAAACAUUGUGAAAAACUGUGCAAUAAGUCCAUCCAUGAAAUUUCCUUGCUACUAAAUAUUCCAAUGUCAACUGUUAGUGGUAUUAUAACAAACUGGAAGCAACUGGGAACAACAGCAACUCAGCCACGAAGUGGUAGGCCACGUAAAAUGAGAGAAUGGUGUCAGAACAUGCUGAAGCUCACAUUGUGCAGAAGUCACCAACUGUCUGCAGAGUCAAUAGCUGAAGACCUCCAAACUUCGUGUGGCCUUCAGAUUAGCACAAUAGUGCGUAGAGAGCUUCAUGGACUGAGUGUCCAUGGCCAAGCAACUACAUCCAAGCCUUACAUCACCAAGUGCAAUGCAAAGAGUCGGACGCAAUGGUGUAAAGCACGCCACCACUGGACUCUA